GAAGAAAAGACUAAAAUGGGCCCAUCUGGCGGUAGCCCCUCUGAAUGAAAACACUACCAGGCAGUGCAUCGAAUCAUCGGGUCCACAGCCGUCAAUUCCACGAUGUGCAUGUCGUCCUAUCAUAUGAAUUCGUUAUCUAUUCAAACGCCUCAGCAACCAUCCGCAAACUGUGCACUGCCAUCUCCGUCAUGUGUGGUGUCGUCACCAUCGUUAAUGUUGGCGUCUCCAUCACCUCCGCUACCGUCUCCAUCUUCUAUACCGUCUCCAUCGCCUUCGCUACCGUCUCUAUCACCUUCUCUACCGUCGCCAUCACCUUCGUUGUCAUCGCCAUCACCAUCAUCUCCACCACUACCGUCGUCAACUGAAAGGAAGCGCAAUUAUAAUGGUGAAAUGGUAAAAAUCAUGAAAGAGCAGACUGAAAUAUUAAAAUCGACUGCCGACGAAGCCAAGGUAGUGAAUGAUGAGAUUGUUGGUGCGAUUCGUGAGCACAACAGAAUGACGGACAGGUUUUUAAAUAUGAUGGAAAAACUAACCGAAAAACUUUAAGUCCUUCUCCUUUUUUUUAUUUUUAUUUAUGAUUUUCACAUAUACUAUUUGGAUUAUUUUAAGAAAUGUGAAUUUAAAAUAAAGAUUGUGUUUCUUUAAAUCAUUAAAUUGUGUAAUUAUGUGUACUAAUAUUUUGGAAAAUAUGGAAAUGCUGUUGGUAUAGAUUAAUAUGUUUUCUAGUACUCUUCUAUAGAUGUAUAAAUUAUAGAGAUACUUACCAAAACU